GGAACUGAGCAGUGCUUAUAAAAGGGGAGGGGGAAGGCGCGAGGAGGGUGAAGCGCGCGCUGGCGGCUGUGCCUGGCGCGGCCUGUCUCCCGAGUUUAGCGUCAGACGCCGGCGGAGUGAACUUUCAGGAAUGUUGGUUUAAAAAGAAUGCAAUUUAGGACCCCGCCCGAGCCAAAAAACCGUGGCGCCUGUAGCCGGAAACCUAAGAAUUGACCCUGCGUUCACUUUCGCAGAACUUUCUGUCCUGUUCAAUGAGCUGCUGCCAUUGGAGAAGUCUGACCACGCCCCUUUCCUGAAAGGCAAGUCUACUAUAGCAGUCUUGACCAGGGACAGUAUGCCAGCAGCCACCAUGGCCCAGGAUCCAGUGAAGCUGCAAGCAGAGGUGGAGCGGCUGGUGGCUGAGCUUCAAGAGGCAACACAAGAAAAGGUACAGGCGGCACAAUAUGGACUGGCAGUAUUGGAAGAGAAUGGCGAGCUCAAGCAGCGUUGUGGAGAGCUGGAAAGUCAGCUGGAGGUGCUGCGCACAGAGCUAUUGCACAUGAAGGAGGCUCUGGCAGAGUCACAUAGCAAUCACAAACGGGCAGCCGCUGAUGGGGAGAGUCGAGAGGAAUGUCUGCUCCGAGAGACAGCUUUCAAAGAGGCCCGCUUGACUGAAACUAUUGAGGAACUCCAGGGGGAUGUGAAACACCUAAGGUCCCAGCUUGAUACAACAGGAACGGAAAAUGAGCGCUUCGUUGUGACUUUGCGAGACUUGAGAAAGGAAUGCCAGAACUUGGAGUCAGAGAAGGCCCAGUUGCGGGAAGAGAUGAAACAAUCCAAAACCAGGGAACUUCGUCAACUGCAGGACUGUGCUGAGCUUGAGGAAGAGAACAUUUCCCUGCAGAAGCAGGUCUCGGCACUCAGGGGCAGUCAGGUGGAGUUUGAAGGUGUCAAGCGCGCAUUGAGCUGCCGAGAGGAAGAACUGGUGUUGGCUGGGACCCAGCUGCUGGAAUUGGGUCGUCUCAGGGACCUGGCAGAGCAUCAGCUUCAGGAGGCACUAGAGGCUCUGCAGGCGGAGCGGGAGCAGAAGCAGGAGCUGCGGCGGGAGCUUGCCAUCUAUGCAGGAGGACGUCGUGACUCACUAACCAGCUUGCAGGCCAACCUGGAGGAGCUCAACCACAGUCAUGUGGAGUGUGAAGAGCAAGACAGUGGCUUUGCCAAUGGCAGCAGUGUAGGGGGCAUGGCUUCCACACCCCAAAGCAUCCGGCCUGCUCCUGGUCUUGUGGCCGACCUCUUUAGUGAACUUAGCUUGGCGGAAAUUCACAAAUUGCAGCAGCAGUUGUUACAGGCAGAAAAUGAGAAGGCCUCACUAGCUUCAGACCUGCAGGACCUCAAGAAGGAGCUGGCCAACACCAAGGAGACUUUGGCCCAUCAGCACCUGGACCAGAGCCAUGAGGUCCAGUCUCUGAAUACUGGUCCUCAUGAUGGUGGAGGGAUCAGCAUGUCCCUCAGUGAGAUGGAGCAGUGCCAUGAGGAGCUGGAGAAGGCCCAAUUGGCGGUCCGGCAGGAGAGGGCAGCAGCCAUCCAACUGGAAACAGAGUUGCGAGUGGCCAGAAGGAUGACUCGAGAGUGCCAGUCGCGGUUGGCUCAGGCUCAGGAGGAGCUCCUGGGUUUCUCUGAGGAAAUGGCUACACUGUACCAUCAUGUCUGUGCCUGCCAUAGCAUAACCCCUCGUCGUGUGGUGUUGGACUAUUACCGGGAGGGCCGCGGAGCUUGGAAUUUGUGUAGGAGGAGGUCAUCCAGAAAGUCUCUGUUAACGGAAAUGGAGACAAGUAGCAGCGGGGACCAGUCACCUGCUAGCAGCAGCAGCCCUGGUUCCCCCUGCGGGUUGGAGCCUCUCAAUGUGGCCAACCUGACAGUGGUGCUACGAGAGCAGCUGGGGCACCUGCAGGUGGCAUUGUCCCUGGCUCACCAGCAGAGCCCCAUGGGCCAUAGGGCUGAGCUGGAGCGUGACAAGGAGGUCCUGGUGGAGGAGGUGCUGAAGCUGAAGUCAUUGCUGAGUACCAAGCGUGAACAGAUUGCCACCCUGCGCACAGUGCUCAAAGCCAACAAACAGACGGCGGAGGCUGCCAUCUCCAAUCUCAAAGGCCAAUAUGAAGGCGAGAAGAUUUUGGUGUCGGAGACUAUGGUCAAGUUGCGUCAUGAGCUCAAAGCGCUAAAGGAGGAUGCUGCUACUUUCUGUUCCUUACGUGCCAUGUUUGCCAGCAGGUGUGAUCAGUAUGUGAGCCAGCUAGAUGAAAUGCAGCGGCAGCUAGCAGCUGCCGAGGAUGAGAAGAAGACUCUGAGCUCUCUAUUGCGCAUGGCCAUCCAGCAGAAACUAGCACUCACGCAGCGGCUGGAAUCCCUUGAGAGUCCGAUGGAAGGAUCCCGAAUCAGUCGAAGGGCUCUCAGACCAGCCAAGGGCAGUGCGAGAUGAGAUGGCUGCAUCCACUGCGGGAUUUCCUUGCAAUUGUGAUGUGAUCCAUUGUGCCGAAAGAACACUGAAGAACAGGGGGAAUGCAGCACCUGAAUAUCACAACCAGUGAAUCUGGAUCCCUUGUAUUAGGAGAGAGGCCGUAGCCAAAGCUCAAUUCCUUCCCUGCUGUGCCUUAAGAUUUGUUUCCACUUCUCUCUGUGUGUGCGCGCUCUGAUUUGCCUCUGGUGCUGUGUUUUCUAAGCACCUCUAAUGCUGUGCCUUUUGUUAGUUCUAAUGUUAGUGGUGCAGAUAACUAGGAUCUACUACUUUCUUUGUUUCUAUCCGUUGAAAGAAGUUGGGUGAUCCUGCCUUCCCCAACCCCUAGUUUCCUGGACCUGUUGCACUCAUUCAGGCCAACUCUUCUCUGCCUUCCUCUCAUCCUCCCCCCACCCUUGUCCCCACUUCUGAUUUUGCACACAGUGGAUAACUAACCUCAGGCUUCAAAGGUUGAGAGAAGAAGAAAAACUAGCUCCAUAUGAUUGUGUGGUGUCUUGUGAGAUAUGUAAUGAAAAAAAGCAAUUUUGAUUGUUGCCUGGGGCUAGGUAGUCCCUGGUUAUUUGAAACAAAUAAAUAAUGGCUUUCCUGAA